AAUAACGUCAGAGAAGGUUAACCAAUCAUAACGCAGAGCGCCAAGUUUCUUCGUAGCGUCACAAACAUGGCGGAGACGGAGGCAGAAAUCGGGUUCAAAAAGGAAACCGUCACUAAACUGUUGACAAGUUUCUUCAAGGAGAACAAAACCAAACUGAGUGGUGAUGCUGCGCUGCUCAUGGCAGAGAUGCUCAGAGUCUUCGUUCAAGAGGCUGCUGCACGAUCACAGAAACAAGCUGAAUCUGAGGACUGUGACCAAGUAGACAUCGAGCACUUUGAGAAGAUCCUUCCUCAGCUGCUGCUGGACUUCUAGCAGAAUGAUGCCACUGGAUGGAGCCAGAGUGUUGCCUUCAAUCCUCCUCAAUCCCUGCAUUUACAAGUUAUGUUUUACUUAUGUUUAUGUUUUUUGUACAAAUGCAUUUUCAUGACUACUUAAAUGUAUUAUAACAUAAAGAUUCUUAUUCUGUA